UUGACAUGUUCAAAGUGGAUUUCUAAAGCACUUACACCAGUGGUGUUCGUGCCGUCGAACGAAAAAUGUUCACCCUUCCACCGAGGCCCCCCAAAGACUACGUCAUCAAAAACGUGACUAACAAUCUACUUUCGUCUGGACAGUUCUCUCCAGAUUCCCUACCAAGAGUGACGCAACCGAAUUUGGGCAAGUUUUGUUUUCCAAUCGAGUACCAGGAAAAUGAACAAUGUGAUAAGCGUUUUAGUACGGAAAUCAAUCCAGUAAUCAUGGAAAAAAUGAUCAACGACGCUAAGGCGAUGUGGGUCGUCCCACCCGGAAAAGACGAGUUUGUAUUGCAUGAUUAUAAAAAGUAUAACGUUCGUAAAGAUCCAAAAAGCUUAGAUCCUAGGUAUUUCAUCAAAGAGCGCUGUUUUCCUCGUUCCUAUCGGCUGGAACUAGACUGCAUUGAGAGCGCUAGACUAGAAAAGCUGCAUAAAAAAUGCGUGCGCGAAAAUGAAGACUUCGAAAACCAUUUCAAGUUUCUUGUGGAAAGACAAAAACGAAAAGAAAAGCCACGAAUUAGGGUUUUGUCUUGCAAACAUAAGCCGCCAAAGUGGUGGAAAUACUCAGAGAUGAAGAAAAGUGAGGCUACGAAGGAGCUUGCUGAAUAUAAGACACCCGAAGUGGACGAAACUACGUAUGCGGUUAAGUAUGAACGAUGGCAAGAGGAACCGAAUUUGACAGCUUUUGUGGAGGACGACCCGUGCCAUAGGAAAGCAGAUAUGCUCCUGGUUGGAGCCCAGUUCAAGAACGACGCCUGCAACUGGUACUACAACAAGUACCCUCCGCCCAACCCGAAGCUCAGAUUCAAGAAAUUUUCAUGA